CAGAGCUUCUGUAAUUCCAGGCUAGGUUGGCAACACAAGCCUUUUCUACAUAAAAAAUUUGAAAGUCCUGUCACGUGACCCACGCUGGCCGCCAUUUCUUGGAAUAACAAACGACCGGGUAGGUACGUGUGUUUUUCUAGUGAAGGUUUUUGUGCAGAAGAACGGCCCAAUAAAUAGCUAAAAAUGUCUGAAGUCGACUCGUCCAAAACCAACAACGCAGUAAAAGCGGAAAAUAGUCAGAAUGACAAAACCCCCAGAGGGAGAAAAUCCAAAUCUCCCAGGGUCUCCACCAUUGACAGGGCUCGUGAGGAGAGCGAGGCCAUUACAAAGGGUUUGGAUUCCCCAGUAGAAGGUAGAAGGAUGACCAGGUCGGCCUCGAAGGGCUCGACCACCACAGCAACGCCUCCACCGCCAGCCAAGAAAGAGCGCAAGAGCCCGGCCGUGUCCACUCCCUCUGCGAGCAAAAGGGGCAGACGUCCAAAGAAAGCAGUGGAGGAAGAAAAUUCGGAGAACCAACACGAAGACAAAGACGCCACCGCUUUGGGCGAUGUUGAAGAGAAAAAUGAAAAAGAGGAAGCGUCCAAAAAUGACUCGGAAGCUUCACCGGCUGAGUCUUCAGAGGCCAAAUCUGAGGCUAUGGACACCAAUUCCCACGAAGACAAAGAGGAGAUUGCUAAUAAUAAUGCGGCAGAGUCUUCUAAAGAAUCCGAGGCUACUGAAAACGGUGCAAAAGAAGAGGACAGUGUAGAUGCUUCGGCUACCUCAGAGGACGAGAAAAAAGAGGAAGCCGCCAGUAGCACAAAUAGCGAGGAGGCGGCACCUGCCAGCGACGAACCAGCAGAAAAAGCUUCUUCCACGGAAGAAGAAAAAUCGGCAGAAUAAUUGCACCAACCACAGCCGAUUUUAUUAAAAAAAGUGUGGUAGGAAAAUGCAAUGGUAAAAUAAGGGGGUAAUAAGGGGAUUUUUAUAUAUUCAAAAUUUUUUUGACUAUUCAAUCAAAAUGGCAUUACAUAUUCUGAUGGUGUAUUACUUUAGUCUUAAGAAAUACACAAUCAGAAGUAGAUAAAUAAAUUCAAUUACAUAAUUCAUUCCCCAUUAUUUCAGGCCUAGGCUUAUUUUACUGUUGUUUUCUAAUAAUUCAUUUUUUUUUUUUUGGUACUUUUUUCUGGAAAAAUGUGUUAAUUUUUCAAAAAUGGUUAUUUUUACUUGAUUUUGUUUGAUUAUUACUUAGGUGUAAUUAUAUAGGGGAGUGGUUGGCGUCUUGAAACCAAUAAUUUUCGUAUUCGUUUGACUCAAUGCAGUCAUUGUCAACUCCCUAUCUGUAGGUUAGUAUCAAGUCUUUAUGUAUAUUGUAUUUUGUUUUGACAAUAACUGUCUUUGAUUACAUAAUUAUUUUUUCACAAAGUCUAAAUUAGUGUAUCCUGAAUCUUUAUCCAUGUAUUUGUAAAAUAUUUGAUAACAUUUUGCGGUCAGUGGAAACAAAACUCCUUUUAAUCUAAAUUUAUUGUACAUAUUGUAUGGUGAUAGAUAUAAGGCAAUUUUUCCAUGUACCAUUCUAAAUUUGGGAGAACAUUAUUUGUCUAUUUUCGAAAGCCAUUCUUGAAUCUUUAUAUUUUUGACAGUUUUACAAAACAACUAAAAACAUGAUGGAAAUUCUCUUGGAAAUUUUGGAAGGAAACAAUAAAGUUUCUAAAUUUCCUCUGUUACAAGGCAAGUUCUCCCAAUUUUUCUUUUUGAUUAUCAAAUAAUUUGCAAUCUGUAACAGUUUAUGGUUCCUUUUUAAUACCCUAAUAUUUGUGUGUGUUUUCUAAGCCUAAACAAAUAAUAAAAAAGUCUUUCCUCGAAUUCAAAUGCUGCAGCUCUGAACAUUAUAAUUAUUAAUAAGAGAGUCUUGUUUAAACAAACUUGUAAAUACUAGUUAAAAACAAGACUUUAUUGCUGUUAAAAAGGAGUAUAAUAAACUGUUAUUGCUUCUAACCGCCCCCCCAUGAAUUAACUUUUUCUUUAAAUUUUAGUUACUUAUAUGGAUUAGGUAAAUUCUUGUUCAUCACAAGCAGUCGAAAAAAAAAAUUCUAAGCGAGAAUGCACUAAUAUCUAUACAAAAAACAAAGAAAACGAGACAUUUGUUUGUGAAUUAUUAUGAUAAUUCUUGAAAGUACUGUAGUCUUAUGUUUGUAUUUUUAUAGACUUAUGUAGUAAUAUAUUUUGUUUCCUUCUGACGUGAAGUUAAACAGUAAUGUCUUUAUUUUCUAUUUAUGUAAUAAUCUAUAACGUAAAGGUUUUAAAUCAAUGUGAAAAUAAAUUUUCAUUAGAGAUAAAUAAUAUGAAUGUUUUUCUUUAUUAUUACCCAUUAAUAAAGUAAUAUUGGC